AUGAGCCCACCCAACCACUACCGCACCCUCGGCCUCCCCAGCACCACCAACGGCCAGCAUCUCACAGUUCAAGAUGUUAAGCUCGCCUACCGCCGCGCCCUCCUAAUGCACCAUCCCGACAAAGCCACCGGCCUACCUACUCCAGCUCCCUCGCCUCGCCAGUCGCCUGCCGCGCAGUCAACCCUGAGACCAACCGUAGACCAGAUUACACUAGCAUUCAAAGUCCUCUCCGAUCCUACUCUCCGCCGCGAACAUGACCGCGAACUUUCGUUGUCUCCAAAGAGUGCAUCCCAGACGGGCGGGGAAGGGCUUGACGGGGCGGCUGUAGGGCUGGAGACUGUGGACUUGGACGAUCUGGAAUACGACGACAACGAGCAAAUCUGGUAUCGGUCUUGUCGCUGCGGACAGGCGCGUGGAUUCACAGUCACUGAGACGGAGCUGGAGAAAGAGGAGAAGACUGGCUUGGUGGUGGUGGGAUGUAGGGGAUGCAGUCUGUCGCUGAUGGUGGGGUUUGGGGUAGUCGAGAUGGAUGAGCAGAAAGAAGAGGGUUGA